GUGUUGAGUAAGAGGGGGAGGGAUGGAUAUAAAUAUACCUGCUGGAUGCUGUUCUGGUCUGUUUCUGUUCUCUGUCUUUGAAUCAAAUACAUCAAGCGAUAGUAUCAACAACAUCAACAUCAACAUGUCUCUCUCAAGACUACUCAACUCCUCCGCACUCGGCUUCGGCCCCUCGCGCAACCUCUUCAAACUCCUCGACGACCCCUUCUUCUCCGCCCCUCUCUCCGCACAAUUCCAAUCUCCGUUCGCCUCCUCUCUUCUGUCGUCCUCGUCUAACGACCUGCCGUUCUCGCGCACGCCGAACUUUGACGUGAAGGAGACGGAGAAGGAGUUUAUUCUCCAGGGCGAACUGCCGGGUGUUGAGAAGAAGGAUUUGGAUAUCGAGUUUGUCGAUCCGCAGACGUUGAGGGUUAAGGGCGUCGUUGAGAGAUCCCAGGAAUUCUCCGCGCCGACUGACCCCUCAUCCUCCACUGCAUCAUCCUCCUCCACAGCCGUCACAGCCACCACCCCCUCAUCCGACCUCACGCCCGCCGCCAAAUCCGCAGGAACAACAUGGGCUUCCGAGCGCGUGUACGGCGAGUUCCAGCGCGCGUUCAGGUUCCCGUCGCCGGUGGAUACCGAGCACGUGGCCGCCAGUCUGCGCAACGGCAUCUUGAACGUCAAGGUGCCGAAGGCUGUCGAGAAUCCGACUGCGAAGCGCAUCGAGGUGCAGACUGAGGAGUGAUCAUUUCAGCGGUGAAAAGAUGUUUGUCGGCUGGGGUUUUUAUGAAUUAUUCAUUGGUGUGGAGUCAAGGGUGAUUAACUAAUUACUUUGCUUUGCUAUGCUUUCUUUUCUCUCUUUUUGCAUGUCUUUAAUCAGUUAUUCAAAUUGUUUAAAAUGUCUUUGUCAGUUUAGUUUAGUCUCAUGUUUUGUCUUGUUCCCACGCCGACAAAUAAAAUACCAAUUAUCAUUAUUAAAAA